CAAAUUCAGAGGUGAGACUUCAGAAUGUGAUAUAUGUUGUCGUGAGUCGGAUCUCUUUGCUGUUGGUCCGUGUUUACAUCCUAUAUGUAUGGAAUGCGGAAUUCGAUUACGAAUUUUGUGUAAAAAUGAAACGUGUCCAAAAUGCAGAGCUGGAAUCGAUGUGUUGUAUUUUGUACCGUUUCCGGGUAAUUGGAAUGGUUACCAAAUACCCCCUGAAUGGAUAGAACAUGCGGAUGCUGCAAGGCACAAAAUUAAAUUGGCAAAUGAUUAUGUUGCACGAUGUUACGACAGCUAUUUAUCCCAUCAGUGCUUAAUAUGUGAAAAAAAGGGUGAGAAACGGGUAUUUGAAACGUUUGCUCAGUUGAAUCAACAUGUAUAUAUGGUUCAUCGUUUUGAAUUUUGUGAUAUUUGUGUGGAAAACUUGAACUUAUUUUCUCAUGAACGGAAAUUUUAUUCACAGCCUGAACUGAAACGGCAUCUCGUGUUUGGUGAUUCUAAUGAUAUGAGCUUUAAAGGUCAUCCACAAUGUUUGUUCUGUGAAAAACGUUUCUUGGAUGAAGAGUUACGUUACAAACAUCUUCGCAAAGAGCAUUUCUUCUGCCAGAUUUGUGAUGUGGAAGGGCGAAACAAUUACUUUUUUCCGUAA